GAGGAUAGAGAAAUUGUAGCGAGUGUGAUUAAGUGCCUAUGCUUGAUAGAGAGGGGGAGAAAAGUUUAGAAAAGUUGCUUUUGCCCUAUCCAGAUGUCAAAUCAUGGGAACACUAUUCCCAGCCGUAUAGCGGAUUACGUCAUGCCUAACAAUAAACCAUGACAGCAGGGGCAGACUGAGAGACAUAAGAGGCGGAGCCCGCUGCCUUGCAGACCUCUGCUAACAGACUGAUCAGCUGCCACUGGGCAGGAGAAUAUAAAUGGCCUGAGAGGAGCGGAGGGGGACCAGCAUCAGCUUUGGCCUGGAGCUUACUGUACUGAAGCAUUGGAUCUCCUUCAGAACCUGCAGAAACUAUGUCUGAGCCCAAUGAGGAGGAGCUACAGAAGCAGCGUCCGGUGAUGAACGAAGAGGAUCUGAAAGGAGCCAGAGACAAACUGGGGAUGGGUGGAGAGGUGAAGAGCAAGACCUUUGAAGUCAUGGAGGAGUGCGAGCGCGUGGGGAAAGUGGCUCCGUCCGUGUUCAGUGGCUUGAGGUCCGGUGCAGAGACGGCCCUCAACAAGCCUCCAGCCAGGGUGUUGAGGAAGUAGCACGGUGGAGACGAGGGGUCGGUCAUUCUGCAGCCUUCAGGAGGAUGGACCAAUGGACACUGGGAGAGUGUGGAGGACUUCACCUGUCUGCUGCGAUGGUGUGGGAGUACUGAAUUCUGGGUUGGUAUGCGUAUGUGAAAGGCAGCACCAGGCAGCCAAUGGUUUUAUUUCUAGCUUCAUUCUUGAGUGAUUUCAGUAGAUCAUGUGUGACACUUCAGUUUCCUCAAGCUUCGUGUUGUUGUGAUAUUUAGCUUUUGCAGAUUGUAUAGGGCCAGCGUACAGAUGGUGGUGUGGCAGCACAUUGCACUAUAGAAGGGGUCACAUAAUUUGGAGGUCAAUUUUAUGGUAUAAAGCACAAAACGGUUCCUAAUCUGUAAUUAUACUAUAGUUUCCCCAUAAAUGUUUCAUUUGCCUUUGAGCCAUUGCUUUAACAGUGGCGCCCCUCAGAGCUUUUGCCCUCUCAGUAUUCAGUCUCAAACUCUACCAGGAUUUCAGAUCAGUUCCCUGUUAAUCCAGUUGCUUCAUGUCUCAGAAAUCUUUAAGUUCAUGAUUUGAAUGUCAGUUUAUUUCCUAUAUCAGCUGAAUUGAAACUGAACUGAUGCCACUCCUACUCUGUACCAUCAGUGCGAGCAUGCUUGUGCGCGAGUGCGUCUGAUCCUGUAACCAUGCGGUUUUGCAGUGAUCCGUUCACUUUGCACUUCAGCCAAUGUUAAACUGUUAUUGCCAUUUCUAACGGCCUGUUUAUGAAUAAAAUUGCAAUAUAAAAUCUC